UGAAGGCUGACGUCUGCUUAUUACACGUGUCAAUGUAUGAUUGGAUAACCGCACUUUUGCCACAGGCAAUCCGACUAUAAAUACAUCCGUCCGGGUUAGGGUUACGCAUUCAAACUUAUCUCUUUAAAAAAAUAAACUCUUUCUUCUCUCUCAAGAUGCAGAUUUUCGUCAAGACCCUCACCGGCAAGACCAUCACUCUCGAAGUUGAGAGCUCGGACACGAUCGAUAACGUCAAGGCCAAGAUCCAGGACAAGGAAGGCAUCCCACCGGAUCAGCAGCGUCUGAUCUUUGCCGGCAAGCAGCUCGAGGACGGCCGCACCCUUGCCGACUACAACAUCCAGAAGGAAUCUACGCUCCAUCUCGUCCUCCGUCUGCGUGGAGGUAUGCAGAUCUUCGUCAAGACCCUCACAGGCAAGACGAUCACCUUGGAAGUCGAGAGCUCAGAUACCAUCGACAACGUCAAGGCCAAGAUCCAGGACAAGGAAGGCAUCCCACCGGAUCAGCAGCGUCUGAUCUUCGCCGGAAAGCAGCUUGAGGAUGGCCGUACCCUCGCCGACUACAACAUCCAGAAGGAAUCUACUCUCCACCUCGUCCUCCGUCUGCGUGGAGGUAUGCAGAUCUUCGUCAAGACCCUCACAGGAAAGACGAUCACCUUGGAAGUUGAGAGCUCAGACACCAUCGACAACGUGAAGGCCAAGAUCCAGGACAAGGAAGGCAUCCCACCGGAUCAGCAGCGUCUUAUCUUCGCCGGAAAGCAGCUCGAGGAUGGCCGAACCCUCGCCGACUACAACAUCCAGAAGGAGUCCACCCUCCAUCUCGUCCUCCGUCUGCGUGGUGGCAUGCAGAUUUUCGUCAAAACCCUUACUGGAAAGACGAUCACCUUGGAGGUGGAGAGCUCGGACACGAUUGACAACGUGAAGGCCAAGAUUCAGGACAAGGAAGGAAUUCCCCCGGAUCAGCAGCGUCUGAUCUUCGCUGGAAAGCAGCUCGAGGAUGGCCGCACUCUCGCUGACUACAAUAUCCAGAAGGAGUCGACCCUCCAUCUGGUACUUCGUCUCCGUGGGGGUAUGCAGAUUUUUGUCAAGACCCUCACUGGCAAGACGAUCACCUUGGAGGUUGAGAGCUCGGAUACGAUUGACAACGUUAAGGCCAAGAUCCAGGAUAAGGAGGGAAUCCCACCAGACCAACAGCGUCUGAUUUUUGCCGGGAAGCAGUUGGAGGACGGCAGGACCCUUGCAGAUUAUAACAUCCAAAAGGAGUCUACGCUCCACCUGGUGCUGCGUCUUCGUGGUGGGAUGCAGAUAUUCGUGAAGACCCUGACGGGGAAGACGAUCACCCUUGAGGUGGAGAGCUCGGACACGAUAGAUAACGUGAAGGCAAAGAUCCAGGACAAGGAGGGUAUCCCACCAGACCAGCAGCGGCUCAUCUUCGCUGGUAAGCAGCUUGAGGAUGGUCGCACGCUGGCGGACUAUAACAUUCAAAAGGAGUCGACCCUCCACCUUGUCCUCCGUCUCCGUGGUGGUGAUUACUGAAUGUCUUCCUUCGUUUUGGGUCCUGAUGCUAGUUGGUCUGGGUUGGGUUGGUGAGGAGUCUGUCUAUGAUCUGGUUCUUAUGAGUAUAAGAAAGAAGUCUCUGUUUUUACUAGUAUUUCUUUUUCUUUUCUUUUUUUCAAGUUUUAAUGUCAGUAUGGAGGAAUACAGGGUGUUCCUGUUUGUAUGGACGAAGCAUUUCAUUAGUGGCCUCUCCUACAUCUGUCUUUAAUAUAAAGUCGAGUGUUAUUAGAA